GGAACAUCAAACAGAUGAUUAAAUUGACACAAGAACAUAUAGAAGCACUGCUAGACAAAUUUGGAGGAGAGCAUAACCCACCUUCAAUAUAUCUAGAGGCCUAUGAAGAGUACACCAGCAAGCUUGAUGCUCUACAGCAGAGAGAACAGCAGUUACUGGAAUCCAUGGGGAAUGGAACUGAUUUCUCUGUCUCCAGUUCAGCUUCAACAGACACAGUUGCAUCAUCUUCCUCCUCUAGCCUCUCUGUAGCACCUUCAUCCCUUUCAGUGUAUCAAAACCCUGCUGAUAUGUCACGGAAUAACCCUAAGUCUCCACAGAAGCCCAUUGUUAGAGUCUUCCUGCCCAACAAGCAAAGGACUGUGGUUCCAGCAAGAUGUGGAGUGACAGUCCGAGACAGCCUAAAAAAAGCGCUGAUGAUGAGAGGUCUUAUUCCAGAAUGCUGUGCUGUUUACAGAAUACAAGAUGGAGAGAAGAAGCCAAUUGGCUGGGACACAGACAUUUCCUGGCUCACAGGAGAGGAGUUGCAUGUGGAAGUUUUGGAGAAUGUGCCACUCACAACACACAAUUUCGUACGCAAAACGUUCUUCACGUUGGCGUUCUGCGAUUUCUGUCGGAAGCUGCUUUUCCAGGGGUUCCGCUGCCAGACUUGUGGCUACAAAUUUCACCAGCGCUGUAGCACAGAAGUGCCACUGAUGUGUGUUAAUUAUGACCAACUUGAUUUGCUGUUUGUCUCCAAGUUCUUUGAACAUCACCCCAUACCACCGGAGGAGGCCUCCUUAGGAGAGACCACCCCAGCAUCUGGAUCAUACCCCUCAGUGCCCCCCUCAGAUUCUGUUGGACCACCAAUUCUCCCUAGUCCUUCUCCUUCAAAAUCCAUUCCAAUCCCACAGCCCCUCCGACCAGCAGAUGAAGACCAUCGGAAUCAAUUUGGGCAACGCGACCGAUCCUCUUCAGCUCCCAACGUUCACAUCAAUACAAUCGAGCCAGUCAAUAUUGAUGACUUGAUUAGAGACCAGAGUUUACGAGGAGAGGCAGCCCCUUUGAACCAGCUGAUGCGCUGUCUUCGGAAAUACCAAUCCCGGACUCCCAGUCCCCUCCUUCAUUCUGUCCCCAGUGAAAUAGUGUUUGAUUUUGAGCCUGGCCCAGUGUUCAGAGGCUCGGCUGCAGGCUUGUCUGCAACACCUCCCGCUUCUUUGCCCGGGUCACUAACCAAUGUGAAAGCGUUACAGAAAUCACCAGGACCCCAGCGGGAAAGGAAGUCAUCCUCAUCCUCAGAAGACAGAAAUCGAAUGAAAACUCUUGGUCGACGGGAUUCAAGUGAUGAUUGGGAGAUACCAGAUGGACAGAUCACAGUUGGACAAAGGAUAGGGUCUGGAUCAUUUGGAACAGUCUACAAAGGAAAGUGGCAUGGUGAUGUGGCAGUGAAAAUGUUGAAUGUUACGGCACCCACACCUCAACAGUUACAGGCUUUCAAAAAUGAAGUAGGAGUGCUCAGGAAAACACGACAUGUGAAUAUCUUGCUUUUCAUGGGUUAUUCAACAAAACCCCAGUUGGCUAUUGUUACACAAUGGUGUGAAGGGUCCAGUUUGUAUCACCAUCUACACAUCAUUGAGACCAAAUUUGAAAUGAUCAAGCUAAUUGAUAUUGCACGACAGACUGCACAAGGCAUGGAUUAUUUGCAUGCCAAGUCAAUCAUCCACAGAGACCUCAAGAGUAAUAAUAUUUUUCUUCAUGAAGACCUCACAGUAAAAAUAGGUGAUUUUGGUCUAGCAACAGUGAAAUCACGAUGGAGUGGAUCCCAACAGUUUGAACAGUUGUCUGGUUCCAUUUUAUGGAUGGCACCAGAAGUUAUUCGGAUGCAAGAUAAAAACCCAUAUAGUUUUCAGUCGGAUGUGUAUGCAUUUGGGAUUGUUCUCUAUGAAUUGAUGACUGGACAAUUGCCAUACUCCAACAUCAACAACAGGGACCAGAUAAUUUUCAUGGUGGGACGAGGAUACCUAUCUCCAGACCUUAGCAAAGUACGGAGCAACUGUCCCAAAGCUAUGAAGAGACUAAUGGCAGAAUGCUUAAAGAAGAAAAGAGAUGAGAGACCCCUUUUUCCACAGAUUCUUGCCUCCAUUGAGCUUCUGGCCCGGUCAUUGCCAAAAAUUCACCGCAGUGCAUCUGAGCCCUCAUUGAACCGGGCUGGCUUCCAGACAGAGGAUUUUAGUCUAUAUGCUUGUGCUUCUCCAAAAACACCCAUCCAAGCAGGGGGAUACGGAGAAUUUGCAGCGUUCAAGUAGCCACAGCACCAUGGCAGCACCCACUCUGUUAUUUAAGUCUUGUGUUCCUACAGUUUCUUAACAUCAGAGCUCCAUUCUGCUCCGCAAAACCUAAAGUAAUUUAGAAAAGAUAUCCAUAAGCUUAAAAGUGGAGCAGAAUGGAACCACCAGUCCAACACAAUGGGAAAAAGUACCUUUUUGGGAACCAGAGUCCUCUGCUGCCAGUGUUUCUCCUUCAACACAAACCACCACGUGCAUUCGGAGAUCUGCAGUGGCUGCCUGUGCCGUUGGCAUCACUCCCAGCAGAGAGGAGAGGGCUCAUGGUGUGCCUGUGGUGCUCGGGCGCGAGGGGACGGAGCUGCUGCUGCUGCUGACCUUAGGAGACUUGCUUUGGAUGGGCUGCCGGCCGCCUUUCUCCCUCUAACAGCGUAACCAUCAGAGGCUGAACGUCUGAUGAGUGCUAAUUUCAAAGAAUCAUUUUCCAUUCUGAUCCUUUUUUUUUCCUGGUGUACUUACUGAUUUACAGACAACGCAGUAUCCCCUUUUCGCUGUAUUACAGUGUCAAACACCUCAAUCUGUCUGUAUUGCUGGGGUUUAUUCCUUUAAAAUUAAAAGUGUGGGGCAGUGGGAGCUGGAGAUGUUAUUCUGAAGGCAGAGAGGUUCAUCUGAAGGAAAAGGGGAUGCUGCCACACCUUUUUUUCAGAUUUACUUUACCACAUCUUAAAAAGAACAAACAACAACCACCAUCUUUAACCUUUUUCCUUUUCCAGUAUUUUCUUGGUGUGUGCAUACACAACAUCUUUUUGAAGGAUUAGGUUGAUCCUUCUUUUGUUGGUCCAGCAACAAACUGAAGUUUAAAAAAAAUGUAGCAAGAUUGUCCUCUUUUAUUUUUUUUGUAUCAUGUGAUACAAUGUAUUUAUCAAAGAUGCUACUGCAGCAUCUAAAGUCUGUAGAAAUCCUGAUACAGACUGUGAAUGGUGUAUGUACCUACUUUAAAAGUUUUAUUUUAAACGAGGGUGCAGGUUAAUGCCAGGUACCUUACCAAUAUGUAAUGUUUUCAUAAAUGAGGAAAAAAGUUCUCAGGUUGAAUUGAAUUCAAAUACAAUCCCCCCCUAGAAUUAGACAUUCCAAAAAUUAUGUUUUGGUACUUUCAAGAGCUUUUUUUAAAGGAUUUUUAUCCUGUUAACUAAACGUCCUCUGAUAAGUGUGUGUGUAAAUGUGGAGCAUCUUGUCCUAAUGGCAAGUUGUUAGAUCAAAACAAAACGGUACUUGCUGGAUCCACGCUGACUACUCCUCCUCUCAUUGCUUUCCUCCCUGUCAUCUCUUCCCUUCUGCUUGUCUUUCCCUUCUGUACACUUUGCAAACUAGGACAAAGGUGGCGGUGUCUCCAUUAGAGUGCUUUGUUUUCCUGUCCUCCAGUCCUGGUUUUCAAAUGGUUAGUAGCUUUUUGAAAAGUUACCCAGUCAGGGAAAACAACAACUCAUAGAAUUCUGCAAUUCAUUUACCUCUAGCAGUAUAUGUCGCGAUGUGAUCUGCUUGCAGAGUUCUCUGGUAUGUGGUAUUACCUGUAAAUUGUUUGUACAAAGGCAAGGCAGACCACAUUGGAAAGAAACUCAAGCUCAGACAGAAGUUUCCAGAAUUUGAUUCAUAUCAGCCCUGUGCCACUCCAGAGGAGGCAGGAGAACUGACCCCUCUCUAGCAGAGAGGUUCUUGCUGGGAGGAGGUGGGGAGUUUUUAACAAAAUCAUGACAAAUAAAUGAAGGAGUUAAAUGUGUGUGAAUGUGGUGUCCAUGCUAAACGUGGAUAUACCGAGUGAGGGUGCUGUCCUUCCCUCCCUAGGGAAAGGGGACUGUUCCUGCCUGCAGAAGGUUGCUCCCAGAUGAAGGGAGAGAAGCACAUUGGAAGUAGAAGGUGUUUUUAAUAACCUGCAAUUUUGCUGUGUUGCUGGUAGUCUGUUACGUUUGUCAGUAAAUAUUUACUGGGGCUAUAGGGACCGGACUGAUCUGAAGUGGGAAUUAAAACUGAAAUACUGUGUAUUCAUAUUAAUUCCACAAAUAUUAGCAAGAUAGCAAUAGUAAAUGACUUAAUAGUCACUACAAGAAUGAAGUGAUUCAUGUUGAAACAUGAACAGAAUUGAUUUUGUGUAUGGGACACAUUUUAAAAACGAAGGAAAAAAAAGCACAAAUUUUUUUCUUGUCUGCUGUGGGUCUUCAGAUGCUGUAAGGUUUUUACCUUAAUGAGGUUAGCAGAAAUUUUAAAAGUAGCAAUAGCCACUUUCCAGUGUGGAGAAGCUGUGCAGAGCAGUGGUAGCAGAUGGAGUGCUCCCUGGUGAUCAUCUGAGGCCAGUACCUGAGAGGUGGAGGGAGCCUGGGGCCACGGUGGCAGCAGGCAGGUGAGAGCACUUACCAGAUACAGGCUCCCAGGGGGAAAGGAGUCCCUGCUUCUCCUUUCACCCUGUGACUGGCUCCAGCCCCUUUAUGGGCUGUGGCCCUAUUUGUACAUGUCAGGGAUACUGAGGUCAAGGUUCUCUCAAAAGAAGCUGUUAACAGAGCAAGUAUGGACAGGUGGUUCAACACUCAUUUGUUUCACAGAGCUUGUUAAAAUCUCUCGUUUCCUUCCAUAAAGUCAUGCUGGCAGAAAAUUCUCUGUUAGGAACUUCAUUCUAUCUUUGCUUAAAAAGAACUUACUUUGGUGAAGAUUCAUUACCCAUUAGUCUACAAUAUGCUUCUUGAGCCCAUAGGAAAAGCACAAGGAAAAUUGCUAUCCUUGUCCAUGCAAAGCACUUUAUAAGUAACACAUGAUCUCUUGGUUUUUUUUUUUACUGGGGUUUGUUUGUAGUUUUGUUUUUCUUUUUUUGUUUCUGGUUUUGGUUGUUUUUUUCCCUGAGGAAUGUGCAAGUUGUUUGGCUGCUGUUUAGAGAAGUCCUUUCAGGAUGCAUUUCUACUGGUUUUCUUGUUUGUUUCCCUCCAGAUAGCUGUAGUAAUGUGUGUUUGUCUGUAAGAGUUCCCAGGUAAUGCUCAUGCAAAACUUUGAAAGAAAUGUAGUUUGUAAAUAAUUGGGAUUAUUUUUGGUUUUAUCUUUUACUUCAGGAGUUUUUCUGGAUGUCUUGCAUGCCAUCAGAGCCAGUCUUAAAGAUGCCCUGUAGCUAUUUAGUGAAUGGGGACUCAAGAAUAGAUGAGAAAGGAGUGCUCUCUGUAACAGUGGGAUGAAGGAAGUAAGCUGAAAUGACCAAUACAUUCAUGCAUGUUACCCUAAACUCCUUAAGCUCCUUCGUGGUGUCCCAGCCACGGGCACAUGCCAUAGUAUGGAAAUGUGAGUACACCCUUCAUGUGCACAUGUUGGGACAAACACCCAGAGAGUCAUUCUGCUUCUUUUAGCUCUAUAGUAUCUUGUAUUCCUAAUCAUUUGCAAAAAUACCAGUAUCCAGUCCCAGCUAUUCAUAUCUUUUUCAACCAGGCACAGACCUUCCCCUCCGCCUUUCCUUUUCCAUACAGGUGACAGAGGUCUGUUACCUGCUAAACCUUCCUGCUGAGUAUGUGAUUGUUUCCCCUGGCAUAUUUGCCAGAACUGCAGCAUUGUGGUGGAGCUCAAACCAAAUGGCAGGGAUAUAGAAGCCAGGUUACUUUGAAAGUAAUUGCUGUGUCAAUUAAGCCUACAUAGCCCCAGAUACAAUUAGCCCAGUCAUUUCUUUUUUUUUUUUCCUGAACUCAUGCAGGUCAUUAGAUGAAUCCACUUCUGCUUUUUAUGCUUACCCAAAAUCAUCUUUUCUUGUACUUGAAUGCUCUAGCAGCUGAUAAUGAUGCAGAAUGUUUGAGAACAAAUACUGUCAUUUUACUAUGGUGUCUUAGCAUCACUUGGGUUAGUAUGUGCUCCUUGGAGGCAGAAUUUGGCCUUUGUAACAUAAAAUGAAUGAAAUUGUGAUUGUUGAUAAAUACCAUGUCUUUCCAUAAAUGCCCAGACUGGGGGAAAAGUACCCCAGAGAUCACACAUAAAUAGUUUUUCUUCUGUGUUUGCCUGCGUGUGUAAAUGUAUCCAGCAUUCUACAGAAGGCUGAGGGAAGCCAGAUCCCCAGAUACCUCACAAACAAGUACGGAUUGAAGCUUUGAUAUCUGCAGGGACUAAAUUUAGGGAAGAAGCAUGUAGACAUUUCACGCUUCUGCAGCCUCUAGAAUUCAUUCCCUUCUUGACUGUGAGUGCAGCAUUUGUAGCACAAAUUCUUCAUAGUACUGUAGACACGUCCUCUGUUGAUAAAGUGUAUCACCAGUAGCACAGUGGGACAGGCAAAGCUUCUAAGUACAGUCAAGUUAAAAGGCAGCUGCAUGAGUGGCCUCUUGGGCAUCAUUCUGAAGGUGCUGAGUGUUCUGGUUUCUGUGAUGCAUUUUACGUAGAAGUUUAUGAAACAAACUUUGUUUACUGCAGCCUUGUUACUGUGCAUUUGCACUUGAUGUUUGUUUUGGCAUGCAUUUGAAAGACUUGUCUUCACUGCUUCAUUACUUCAUACCAACUUCAUACCCACCAUAUGAUGUUUAGCCGGGGCAAGUACUGGAUUCUGCACCUGAGGUGGAUAACCCUGGCUGUGUGUAUAGACUGGGGGAUGAGAGGUUGGAGCACAAAGGGACCUGGGAGUCCUGGUUGAUGGCAAGUUGAACACAAGCCAGCAGUGCCCUGGCAGCCAGGAGGGCCAACCUGUCCUGGGGGCACAGGCACAGCAUGGCCAGGUGGGCAAGGGAGGAGAUUGUCCUGCUCUGGGCUGGGACCUCGGCCUCGCCUCGAGUGCUGGGAUGCCACAGUGUAAGAAAGACUAUUCCUAUUAGACUAUUACUAAUGAACUGUUAGAGAGUGUCCAGAGGAGGGCCAUGAGGAUGGUGGAGGGGAAGCCAUAUGAGGAGCAACUGAGGUCUCGUGGUGUGCUUAGCCUGCAGGAGACCGAGGGGAAACUCACUGCAGUUACAGCUUCCUCAUGAGGGGAGGAGGAGGGGCAGGCACUGAUCUCUUUUCUGUGGUGACCAAUGACAGGACCUAAGGGAAUGGCCUAAAGUUGCGUGAGGGGAUGUUUAGGUUGAAUAUCAGGAAAAGGUUCUUCAUCCAGGAGGUGGUCAGACACUGGAACAGGGCAGUGGUCACAGCACCAAGCCUGACAGAGUUCAAGAAGCAUUUGGACAAUGCUCUCAGGCACAUGUGGUGAUUCUUGGGGUACCUGUGCAGGGCCAGGAGUUGGACUUUGAUGAUCCUUGUGGGUCCCUUCCAACUCAGCAUAUUCUAUGACACUGUGGUUCUUACCUUAUAAAUUAUCAGAAGAGCAGAGCCAGAUUGUUAAAAUGAAAAAGUUUGCAUUUGAGUUUCAAGGAUGCUAACACAGAAGCUACUAAGUCAGCACCAUGACAGUAGUAACUAUGAACCUGUGGAAGGAGGAAGCUUUAAAAGCUGCAGAAUACAGGCUACACCAAGAGUGAAUUCAGAUGCAAACUUAACUUCUCUCUUUUUAGAAAAGAGAGCUACCAAGACCCUCUGUUCGAUGGUUUACAUAGGGAUCCCCCAAAACAGUUUUUGUAGUUUGCCAAAUGAUCAUGUGCCUUUGCAACCUUAAGAAGUACAACAGAAUGUAAGCUGGGUGCUUUGUAACUAGAGCAGUGUCUUUGGUUUACAUCUGCUGCAGUAGUUUUGUAUAUAGCUAUCCCUGUAGGUAGGUAGUUUGGAGUUGGUCAGCUCCUGUAAAGGAGCAAGGAGGGCAGAGAGCAUUCCCCAAAACACCUGUUAGCAUUUCAAAGCUAAGAAUUGAAGGAUACCGAAUUUAGUUACAGUAAUCCUGCUGCUGGAAAUCUGCACUAUCAACAGGUAGUGAGGCUCAUUUAACUUAAAAACAAGUAAGCCCUCCUUCCCUUCCAAAGACACACAGAUCUUGUUAAAGAAAGCUCCAGAGAGGCCCGAAGCUACACUCUUCUAUCACCUUGGAAUAAGAUGGUAGAUGGAGAAUGAGAGCUAGAUGAGGAGAAACUGGUGGUUAGCAUUCAUCUAAUCAAGGUUCACAUGUAUCAGACCAUACAAUUAGUUCCUUGUCCCAGAAAAUGCAGUAAGUUUUGUUUCUAGAAUGUCAGCAGGUUUCCUCACUGCUUCCCCUGGGCCUCUUGCAGUUGCUGUCCAGUGCUCACAUCCUGUUAUUGCACAUGAACUGUGGGAAAUGUAGGUGUCUUGUCAGCUGAGGGACAGCCAGUAGGUGUGAAUUUGAUUUGUUCAGCUUUCAAACUGGUUACGUAGACUUCUGGCAGUACCUACGUAUCAGUGUCAUAUUUAACCUACUUGUCCAUGAAGGACAAAAUAAUGGGUUUGGCUAUUAAUGCUUUCUCAGAUCUUUUCCUUUUCUUCCUUGGGGUAGGACUUUUGGCAUAAUUGUAACUUACAAAGUUGUCUAAAUGCACAGUUCUUAUGAGCUAUCAAACCAGUUUUAAUUUGGGUUUGUUCCUUCUAGAAAACAAAGUGUAAAAAUGUUUUACUUAUGUUCCAGGAGCUAUCUGGAAUCCUUCUACCUACCCCAAAUUCUGCACUAAAAGUACAUGUGAUGGUUAUUU